CCUCCUUCCAGUGUAUGCCUCACAGAGUCAGAAAGCUUCUUGGCUUUGAAGACCUACCUGUGGAUCUAACAAACUCUUGGGAAGAGAAUAAGCACUCCCAGCUGCACGUUGUAGGCCUGUAAUAUUUUAGGAUGAUGCUGGACUCAAUAAGCCAUAAUACCUUCCUGCCAAACUCAGUGAUAUGUGAAUCCCUGAUGUCUUGGUCAGAACUGUUUGGAACUGCUGAAGAACACUACCCUCCAUAUGAGCAUCAUACAGGUUGCAAUUCUUCAUGGACAUCCAUUCAUCCAGAGUACUGGACAAGACACAAUGUCUGUGAAUGGCUGCAGUUUUGCUGUGAUCAAUACAAACUGGAUGCUAACUGCAUUUCCUUUUCCCAUUUCAACAUAAAUGGCCAACAGUUGUGCUGUAUGACCCAAGAGGACUUUCUAAAUGCUGCAGGCAUUUGCGGUGAAUACCUGUAUUUCAUCCUACAGAACAUCAAGGCUCAUGGUGUCUCCUUCUUUCAUGACAAUGAAGAUACAAAAUCAUCUGACAAAGAUUAUAAUGAUAAGACAUACCUGAGAACAGGUGACAUCAAGAAUCAAGAUUUUCAAAGCCACAGUAGAGCAAGCCUGCAGAGUUCUCACUUAUGGGAAUUCGUAAGAGAUCUCCUCCUGACUCCUGAGGAGAACUGUGGUAUUCUCGAAUGGGAAGACAGAGACCAAGGCAUCUUUCGAGUAGUUAAAUCAGAUGCUCUAGCAAAGAUGUGGGGACAAAGGAAGAAAAACGACAGAAUGACCUAUGAAAAGCUAAGCCGAGCACUCCGGUACUAUUAUAAAACUGGGAUUUUGGAACGAGUGGACAGGAGAUUAGUGUACAAGUUUGGAAAGAAUGCACAUGGAUGGCAAGAGUGCAAAUUAUGAAACACCCUUUGUUUCAGACUCACAACACAAUUUGCCACUUGAAGAGGAUAAAGUAACAAUAAUAGACUUUCUGGAUUGGCGGGGGGCU